AUGGACCCAAAAAUGACAAAGAUCUCAUCUAAACAGCUUAGUCCACUUUUCUUUAGACUAAAAGACUCAAGUCACCGAAAUGUCUUUUUAGCCGGUACCGCGAAGACAAUACCCGCUGUAAGAAUAACCAUUGAAAUAAUUGAUUUAAUCAAAAGUGAGCUAAUCAUCAUUAUGUAUGGAAUUCCUUUGUCCAAGUCUUCCAAAAAACUGGUUGUUAUUCCAUGGCCAUUCUUUUCUUCGGAAAACUUUCGUUUUGGUGUCGAUUUAAAGUAA